GAUUUAUCUACCUCUUUAGAAGCAGUGUAUGGACAGGCCAAAGAAGGAGCUAACUCAGAAGAAAUACUUAGAAAAUUUUAUGACUGGAAGUGUGAUAAAGGAAAGGAGUUCACCAGUGUUAGGAAUGAAACAGAGGCUUCCCUCCAGCAUCUUGUAGCAUGGUUCCAGAGCAUCUUAAAGGUUUUUGAUCUGUCUUUGGAAAAAUCACUGUCUUCUCAAGACACAAUUGGUGAUAUUGAUGAAAUCUUGGAAAAGACUGAGUCACAUGUCUGCAAAGAACUGGAGAUUUCUUUGAUUGAGCAACGUGAUGCAGACAAGGAGAUCAUUUUAAAUACAUAUAGUCAAGUACUGCAGAAGAUCUGUUCAGAGAAAAGGCUCAUUGCUGCACUACUAUCCAAGUACAAGGACAGUUGUGAGUUUAAAAAUCAGAUGAUUGAAUGUUUGAAUAAAAGCCCCAGUGUGGAACACUUGCUGUCCAUUAAGAAGACUCUGAAAGGUUUAAAAGCUCAACUGAGAUGGAAGUUGGUUGAAAAGAAUAAUUUGGAAGAAUCUGAUGACAAUGAUGGAUCUGAAAUUGAGAAAAUCAAGCAAGAAAUAACACUGUUGCGCAGCAGUGUCUUCCAGGAAAUUUAUCAUGAGAGGGAGGAAUAUGAGAAGCUGACUAACUUGGCUCAGAAAUGGUUCCCUGAGCUUCCGCUGCUUCAUCCUGAAAUAGGAUUACUUAAAUACAUGAAUUCUGGUGGUCUUCUUACUACAAGCCUAGAACGAGAUCUUCUUGAUGCUGAACCCAUGAAGGUACUUAGCAGCAAGCGUCCUUUGGUAUGCUCUGAAGUUAAUGGGCAGACAGUUCUCUUAAAGGGCUAUUCUGUGGAUGUUGACACAGAAGUGAGGGUGAUUCAGAGAGCAGCCGGCUACCACAGAGCUUGGAGAGAAACUAAAGAAGAGUCUGGGUUGCUGCCAUUGAUAUUCCUGUUUUUGUGUAAGUCUGAUCCUAUGGCUUAUCUGAUGGUCCCAUACUAUCCUGAAGCAAACCUUAGUGCAGUUCAGGCCACUAGGCCUUUAUCUUCAGAAGAAGCUUUAAAAAUCAUGAAAGGUGUUGCCCAGGGCCUGCAUACAUUGCACAAGGCUGACAUAAUUCAUGGAUCACUUCAUCAGAACAACGUUUUUGCUUUAAAUCGUGAACAAGGAAUUGUUGGAGAUUUUGACUUCACGAAAUCUGUGGGUCAGCGAGCUUCAGUGAACAUGAUGGUUGGUGGCUUGAGUUUGAUAUCACCUGAAUUGAAAAUGGGAAAACCUCCUUCUCCAAGUUCAGACUUGUAUGCUUAUGGCUGCCUUUUAUUGUGGCUUUCUGUUCAAAAUCAGGAAUUUGAGACAAAUGAAGAUGGAAUUCCCAAAGUGGAUCAGUUUCAUUUGGAUGAUAAUGUCAAAUCCCUCCUCUGUAGUUUGAUAUAUUUUAGAAGUUCAAUGACUGCUGAGCAAGUUUUGAAUGCUGAAUGUUUCUUGCUACCAAAGGGGAAAUCAAUUCCAAACUCAGAAAAAGAGAUUGACUAUACUCAAUAUAAAAAGGAAGACGAAUUAAAGAUGGACAACAUGGAUAACUAUAAAGAAAAGAGAAGAAAUGGUGAAGCCAACAUUGAUUGCUAAGUUUUCUGUUGUUGCAGAUGUUCCUUUAGAGAACUUUCUUUAGUUUGGUUGAUAGACAAAAGAUCUGUAAAUGUUUUGAAACUCAUUGGAAUUGUAUCUCAUAUUCAGGUUGUGAAAAAAUAAAAACGUUUGGUUAU